ACACGCGGCGCGGGCCGGAGGUUGGCGCGGGUGGGGUACUUGGGGAGGGGGCGAUCUCCGGUGGUCCGGGUUUCCGGUCUGCUGCGGUGGGACCCUGCAGCGAGCGGCGACACCAGCGACGGAGAACCGACGAAGGGUGUUGCCAUGGUGAUGGCGGUGGAGGACAGCAUGUUGCGGGUCGUGGUGCGGCUGCGGCCCCCCACUCCGAAGGAGCUGGAGAGUCAGCGGCGGCCUGUGGUUCAGGUGGUCGAUGAGCGGGUGCUGGUGUUCGACCCUGAGGAGCCCGAUGGGGGCUUCCUUGGCCUGAAAUGGGGCAGUGGCCAAGAUGGCCCCAAGAAGAAGGGCAAAGACCUGACAUUUGUCUUUGACCGGGUCUUCGGUGAGACGGCCACCCAACAGGACGUGUUCCAGCACACCACCCACAGCAUCCUGGACAGCUUCCUCCAGGGCUACAACUGCUCAGUGUUUGCCUAUGGGGCCACCGGGGCCGGGAAGACACACACCAUGCUGGGAAGAGAGGGGGACCCUGGCAUCAUGUACCUGACCACCAUGGAGCUGUACAGAAGACUCGAGGCCUGCCGGGAGGAGAAGAGAUUCGAGGUGCUCAUCAGCUACCUGGAGGUGUACAAUGAGCAGAUCCACGACCUCCUGGAGCCCAAGGGGCCCCUAGCCAUCCGUGAGGACCCCGACAAAGGGGUGGUGGUACAAGGACUUUCCUUCCACCAGCCGACCUCAGCUGAGCAGCUGCUGGGCAUGCUGACCCGGGGGAACCGUAACCGCACGCAGCACCCCACAGACGCCAACGCUACAUCCUCCCGCUCCCAUGCCAUCUUCCAGAUCUUCGUGAAGCAGCAGGACCGGAUCCCAGGUCUGACCCAGGCCCUUCGCGUGGCCAAGAUGAGCCUCAUUGACCUGGCGGGCUCAGAGCGAGCAUCUAGCACCCACGCCAAAGGGGAGCGGCUGCGGGAGGGAGCCAAUAUCAACCGCUCGCUGCUGGCCCUCAUCAACGUCCUCAACGCCCUGGCGGACGCAAAGGGCCGAAAGUCUCACGUGCCGUACCGGGACAGCAAGCUGACCCGCCUCCUCAAGGACUCCAUCGGGGGCAACUGCCGAACCGUGAUGAUCGCUGCCAUCAGCCCCUCCAGCCUGACCUAUGAGGACACCUACAACACCCUCAAAUAUGCCGACCGGGCCAAGGAGAUCAAACUCUCGCUGAAGAGCAACGUGAUCAGCCUGGACUGUCACAUCAGCCAGUACGCCACCGUCUGCCAGCAGCUCCAGGCUGAGGUGGCCGCCCUGAGGGAGAAGCUCCAGGUGUAUGAGGCAGGAGCCCAGGCCCCACCGCACGACCCUCCACGGUCCCCCAGGCCAGGCCCUCCACAUCAGCCCCUCCCCAGCCAGCCCUGCACCCCAGAGCUCCAGCCAGGGUCAGCAGUCCUUCAAGAGGAGAGCCUGGGGUCAGAGGCCCCAGGGGAGAAGGUCAUGGAUGGGAACUCCUCACAUAGGGAGCAGCCCCUGGAGGACAAGGACGAAGGCCUGGCCAAGGAGAUUCCAACCCAAGUGCCGGAACAGAACCUCAGAUGCCCAUCGCCCAGGUCCCCUGACCUGACCAUGCAGCCCAAGCCAGUCGUGGACCACCUCCCACCACCAAACCUGGACAGGGAUCAUUCUAAGCAGUUGGCCCUGAGGGUGCUGUGCCUGGCCCAGCGCCAGUAUUCCCUGCUCCAAGCAGCCAACCUCCUGACCCCCGACAUGAUCGCAGAGUUUGAGACGCUGCAGCAGCUGGUGCGAGAGGAAAACGCUGAGCCUGGAGGGGAGGCUUCUGGGGAGGCUGGCCCAGCCAGGAAGGCACCUCUGGCUCAAGACCUGCGUUCAGAGUCAAAGUCUGCAGGAUACUCGGGCCCCGUGACUUGGACCAUGGCAAGGCAACUGAGUGGACUCGCACACACUCUGGGGGUCCCACCCAGGCCAGACUGCACUCCUCCCCGGGCAUCUCGGGAGGCCACAGAGAAGAAGAGGAGGAGACCGAGCCCCUCGGAGCCAGACAGCCCCCCAGCCCCAAAACUGGGGACCAAGCGCCAGCGCCAGUCCCUCCUGCCCUGCCUGAGGAGGGGGACCCUGCCUGAGGCUCGGCUUCCAUGUGGGCCCAGCACCCCCACGGGGAAGAGGGCCCCCUCCCCCUGCCCAUCUCCUCGCUUCUGCCCAGCCACCGUCAUCAAAAGCCGGGUGCCCCUGGGCCCUUCCGCUCUGCAGAACUGCUCCACUCCUCUGCCCCUGCCCUCUCGGGACCUCAACGCCACCUUUGACCUCUCCGAGGAGCCCCUUGCAAAGUUGGGCUUCCACGAAUGCAUUGGCUGGGACAGUGUGCCCCAGGAGCUGAACAGGCUGGAUCAGCCCUUCAUCCCCAGCGGCCCCAUGCCCCUGUUCACCAUGAAGGGCCCCAAGCCAGCAUCUUCUUUCCCUGGGACCUCAGCCCGCAAGAAGAGGCGUGCUGUGAGUUCUGCUGUCUCCCGCUCACUGGGAGUCGCCCGGGGCCGCAGCCGCAUCGCUCGCCUUCCCAGCACCACCCUGAAGAGGCCAGCUGGGCCCCUGGCAAUCCCAGAAGCAGUCACUGCCUCACAUCUGGAGCCCCCAGCAGCGUGGCAUGACGCCUUGACCUCAGGAGGCCUCGCUUCCUGAUGGUUGGAUCGACAUUGAAUAACUUCCCCAUUUCCUGGGGCCUUCACACACAUUAUCUCAUUUGAUCAUCACCAUCACCCCUGCAAGUGCAGAGGCGCAACGGGCACAGAGCAAAGCAGCUGGUAACCAGGGCCAGGAGGGCAAGCUUCACACAACAGGCUCUGUUGCAGGAGGCGGAAGUCACUUGGGCUGGGGGCCGUUGACAAGGGGAAGGGGUCACUCUUGACAAGGUUGUUCUGCAGCCAACCAUUCGCUAGGCAAACACUUGUGGCUCUGUGGUGCAAAAUGUGCUCUCAGGUGACCCAUUAAAUGUACAAAGACUCCACAAUGGAGUUAAGCACGUGCCCUCAAUCACAGGGGGUUGGGCUGAGGUGUCCAGCUCAGAAGGAGGCAGCCUGGCUGGUUCAGGGAGCUGGCAGGGGCUGGAGGGGGGCAGGCAGCAAGCCGACAGCCAGCUCCCAGUUGACCUCCGUGGGCAGUGAUGACACUCUGAGAUCGGAUUGUUCUCGCGUAGAGCCAUCCAUGAGAGGCAGCAAUCGAUGGCUCCCCCAUCCGCUGCCCUAAGGCCCCCUCCCGCUUCAGCCUACCUCUUCAGCCUUGGUGGGGAGUGGGGGCUUGCUCUACUUCAGGGAGUUCAGAAGUUUUCUCUUCCCCUGAUCUUCACACCCACCCCAGGCCCCGCAGCUCAGGACUGGGUCCCACCCUAGGGCACGAAUUCCUGCCCCAGUUCAAAGACCCAGACUCAGUGCCAGGAAAUGCAGACACAGAACAAGACAUGUCAGGAUAGAGUCCUUGUCAACUCAAACCUCCAUCAGUGUUGGGACCUGUCAGGAGGGAGGGACUGGGCUUUUUCCACUGGGUCCUCCCCACCCCCAGCCAUUGGCUUGGGACCCACAGGGAACUUCAUCACUGCAUGGGGAUCCUCUUUGGCAGCUGCUAAACUCAGGCAUCCUGCCUCCCAGACCCCUCCUCAUCGGUCUUCAGACUCCUCCAGAAUGUUCCUUUGGCUCUUGGCUAAGUUUGGGGGAUCCUGGUUCCCAGAUAGAAUCUAGGUCAUGGCUGCCUUCUCCUUCUCCAUGUUUUUUUGUGACUAGGGACCAGGAGGCCUUGGGAUGGAAUUUGUGGGAGGGAGGGGGUAGGAAGGAACCAGUCUUGCUCAGGAACCUGGAGACCAUGGCUGUAUCUUCCAGCUCAUCCUGGGGCUCUCCCCAGCUUGCCCGCAGCACUGCCCUCUUAGCUCAUCCUGUCCAUUUGGAAGACCACUGGAUUGGAAAUAACACGCUGCCCGCCAGCCCUCUCCUCCCUCCAGGGACACAUAUGGUCUCCGCCUCUCACCGUCUCAAAGGGACGCAGUCAGCCAGGGAGACGGAAGGGAGCAUGGAGCAGAGAAGAUCAGGAAAAGCAAUUAAAGAGCUGGUCUCAGAGUUAGAGGCUGGGAGGUGGGGGGCAGGCUGGAGCAGGUCCUGGCUGGGUGGGGAGAUGGGGGCAGAGAAGGGCCCAAACUUAUUAACCCCAAAGCAGCAGCCUGGCCCCUGGGUCUGUGAAGGUGAAUGAACUAAUGCCUCCGAAGGCUGAGGGACCAGAGAAGAGAAGGGGAAGAAGUCUAGGUGUUCAGCUGAGAACCUUUCUGCAGCCACAGGAGUUGGAUGUUUCUAACCUGCAGGGCCAGGCUGGGCACAGGCUCAGGAUGGGAGAAGGAACUGUCCCUGGCCCAAGCAGCUGUCCUCCAACAGAAGGACAUCGCCUGCCCCCAGAAGCUCCCAGCUGACAGUGAACCAUGGAUCCUCUGAUCAGAGAGCUCCCACCCAAGGAGAGAGGCAGCUUCUGUCUGUGGUUGCCUGAGUCUGAAGUGGGAGACAGACCCUACCCUUAGAUGCAUCCCAGUCUGAUGAAGACAUAGAUCUAGCACUGGGAAGACCCCAUCUACUGGGGGCCUUGUCCUUGGGAAGCCUCAGGUUCCAGUGUAGAAGAGACCCAUCCCCGUGGGAGAUGUUUGCACACCAAGAGGUUCUCAAGCCAAUGGAACUGUGGGGCUCAAGUCCACAAGGGCUGGGAAAGGGCAAAGAUGGAAGGAUAGAGCCCACUGGGGGAGUCAGGGAGAUGAGGAAGCAGGGUGGGAAACAGCCUCUCUUCAGUCUCCGCUAGGACAGUGGGACCUAACUCUCACAUGUUCCCUGGGAGACCCAAAGCUAUAAACAACUAGUGGUCUGGGGGUGAAGAGUGCUGACUCCCACCUUCUCUUGACUGGCCGCCUCCUCCUCCCACAUCCUGUCCACACGACCCUUUGUGGGGUGCCCCUGCCCACAUGCUGUCCCUGCCCCAACCCCAGUGGAGUUGACAGGAUGUGGCAGCUUCCCUAGAAGACCCAGCUCCCACCCGUCCAGGCCCACCCCAUCAGAGAUGUGCUAACAUGGAGACAGGUAAAGCACCUGGUUGCAUGUGUGCUAAGUCACUCAGUCGUGUCUGGCUCUUUGCGACCCCAUGGACUGUAGCCUGCCGGGCUCCUCUGUCCUGGGAUUCUCCAGGCAAGAAUACUGGAGUGGGUUGCCUUUUCCUCCUCCAGGGGAUCUUCCCAACCCAGGGAUUGAACUCGUGUCUCAGGUACCUCCUGCAUUGGCAGGUGAGUUCUUUACCACUAGCGCCACCCGGGAAGCCCCUGGUAGGUGUUAUUAAACGGAAGCCAGGAUUUGUUGAGCACCUGCUGUGUCCAGCUUUCACUGAUAGUUUUUCUUACAACUACCUUGGAAGUAAGUUUGUCUAGACCUCAUUAUACCGAUGUGGAUAACGGAGACUCAGAGAAGGUUCCUGAGUCAUCCACAAUCACACAGCUACUGAGUGGCCUUGCUCUCUCCCCUAGAGGGCGCUGCCAUAGCAGUCAGAGGCAAUUCUAGUGACCCCUCUGGGUGACGCACUUUUGGGUUUUAGAAAGCCAGAGACCAGCUUUCUUCCUGCCUCCAAAGAGCUAUGGCCACCAGGCCGCGCAGAUCUGGGCAGCUCAGCACUGCCAUCUAGUGGUCACUCAGUUCCCUUCCUCAGGGAUGGGUCACAGAGUGGAUGGACUCUGGCAAGGGGUUGGCCAGAGACCCAUGUUCCCUCCAUCCCACUCACGCUUGCCAACCACCAUGCUGUGUCAGGCACUGGGAGAGCAGCAGGGAGUCAGUGGGCAGCAGUCGAGGGACAAAAGAGCCCCUUGAAUUGGAGGCUGGCAAAUUUGGAACCCACUGGGCACCUUCUGUGUGGGUGGAGGCCAGGGGGAGGGUUGAUCUGUCCCGGAAGGUACUUGGGCUGUAGACAGGAGGUCAUCCUGGAAGAUUCUGAUGUAGAGGAUGGGCAUAGUGAGUGGGAGGUCAUCUUGUCCCCAACUCAGCUUGAAUUGUCCCCAACUCAGCUUGAAAUAGGACCUGAUUUGGCUGAAAGCUGUGGGGAGGGGUGUCCAGGUGUCCUCUUCCCAGAGCCAGCAGCAUUCUGCUGUCCAGUCCAGAAGGCCAUCCAGGGACUGGUCUGAGGCUUUGGAUGACGAGGCUUCAGAUUAGGGAAGCAGGAGAGGAGGUGCCAUGGAGAAUGAGGCUUCAGCCAGACUGGGAGGAGGCAAGUAGAGGUAGAGGCUGGGAGCUAUGUCUACCUGGAGCAAAUGUGCAUCACAGUGUAAUCUAGAACAAAGAGAGAGAAGGGACAGAACUGUGCAAUGAUAGGGCCUGGUUACAUCCAUGCAUGGGCUUCCCCGGUGGCUCAGACAGUGGAGAACCUGCCUGCAAUUCAGGAGACAGACCUGGGUUUGAUCCCUGGCUUGGGGAGAUCCCCUGGAGACGGGAAUGGCUACCCACUCCAGUAUUCUUGCCUGGAGAAUCCCAUGGACUGAGGAGCUUGGAAGGCUAUAGUCUAUAGGGUCACAAAGAGUCGGACACGGCUAAAGCAAUUUAGCAGUCACGCAUAUUCAUGCACAUGGUAGAAAACCAUGCAACUGUUAAAAUAAUGAUGGAGAUAAAUAUUUAUGGAUAUGAAAAGAUGUUCACAACAUAUUGUCGAGUGAAAAAAAGCAAAUUACAAAAUAAUUUGUAUAGCAUGCGCCUACUUUUUAAAAAUGAAUUUAUACGUGUAGAAAAA